GUGUCCGGGGCGGGACCGCCUUUGCACAAACACCCGCCGGCCGCGCAGAGCGGGGAGCGCGCCACCGGCUGUCGAGCGCUCGCCGGCUCCCUGGCGCCCGUGCCCGCUCGCGCUGCCCGCUGCCCCGGAGGAGCGCCCGGCGGCCGGCCGGCGGGAGCGCAGCGGCACCCCCGCCCCGGCACGCACCGCCGGGCUCGGGCGGAGGCGGCGCGGCCACUGUGCGGGCAGCCGAGGGCGCCGCCGGGGCCGGGAGCCGAGGCGCGGUCCAGACUCGAGCGCGCACGGGUUCUGCGGAUCAGACAUAAUCGAGUUAAGACGAGUUCCUACUGGAUUUGUGUCUGCUCCAGUCCAAUGACUAGUGUCUUUAUAAGAAGAGGAAGACUGGGACACAGACACACAAGUAGGACGCUAUGUGAGGAUGCAGGCAGAGUUGGAUUAUGCUGCCACAAGCAACGCCAAGGGUUGCUGGCAACCACGAGAAUCUAAGAGAGACUCAUGGCAUGGAUCCACCUUCACCACCUUAAGAAGCUUCCAACCCUGCCAACACCUUGACGUUGAACUUCCGGCCUCCAGAACUGUGAGGGAAUAGAUUUCUGUUGUGGCCUCCCUCGGGAGGGCUCCGAGGGACUCCUGAGUGGGCUGUCAGGUCUGCGGCAUCUGGUCCCUCACUGAAGGCCAAACCUGGUUGGUUCAUCAGAUGAGGCUGCAGGACCUCCUGGGACCUGAGCAGCAGAGGAUUUAUGACUCCUGAAGGGCAGGGCUGCCUCACCGUCCAGAGCAGGUCUUCUCAAGGAAAUAGACUGACAGGUGAAACUCCUCUGACUGCAAUCUUUUAUUGGACGGGCUUUCGCCAAGGUCAUUCACCUGAUACUUUCGGGUCUGUGGCGUUUCUUAAUGGUUGUGGAAACAUCAUUCGAGAAACCUCCUUCCCUCUUCUUCCCCCACCCGCAGGACUACAUGGUCAAAAUGUAUAUUUGAUACACAAAUGUAAAAUCGAGGGAACAGCAACACUGGGUUAAUGGAACACCAGAGAUUGACAAUGAUUGAGUACCUCAAGCACUGUGCUGAGUCCUUUUCAAGAAGCAUCUCUUUAAUUCUUGCAGGAAUGGAUGAUAGGUUUGCAUGCUCUGUCAAGCUGUGGUUAACCAGCCUGGGGCCUCUCAUUCUGCUGACCUGUAGCGUGUCCCCUGGAGGCAGCCAGGGAGGAAGAGGAGCCCUGACCCACAGGCUGGCAACCUUGAGAGUUGGAACACAGCACCUACCCUUCCUCCCAGCCCUGCCUCCUUCUGCAGACCGGAGCUCAAUAGCAAUUGCUUUUGUCUUUUACUCUGCGGGGAGAGGAGCAGACGAUGAGGAGAAAAUAAUGAACGUCAAAGGAAAAAUGAUUCUGUCAAUGCUGGUUGUCUCAACUGUAAUUGUUGUGUUUUGGGAAUACAUCAACAGCCCAGAAGGCUCUUUCUUGUGGAUCUAUCACUCAAAAAACCCGGAAGUUGGGGGCAGCAGCGCUCAGAAGGGCUGGUGGUUUCCGAGCUGGUUUAACAAUGGGACUCACAGUUACCAAGAAGAAGACAUCGACAAAGAAAAGGAAGACGUUGAAGAAGAGCUUCAGCUCUCUGACUGGUUUAAUCCACAAUACAUUGAGCAUUACUUGGAGGAGUUCUUAACAUCUGCUAAUAAAUACUUCAUGGUUGGCCACAAAGUCAUAUUUUAUAUCAUGGUGGACGAUGUCUCCAGGAUGCCUUUCAUAGAGCUGGGUCCUCUGCGUUCCUUUAAAGUGUUUGAGAUCAAGUCUGAGAAGAGGUGGCAGGACAUCAGCAUGAUGCGCAUGAAGACUAUUGGGGACCACAUUGUGGCCCACAUCCAGCAUGAAGUCGACUUCCUCUUCUGCAUGGAUGUAGACCAGGUCUUCCAAGGCAACUUUGGGGUGGAGACGCUGGGCCAGUCAGUGGCUCAGCUACAGGCGUGGUGGUACAAGGCAGAUCCUGAUGAGUUUACCUACGAGAGGCGGAAGGAGUCUGCAGCAUACAUUCCCUUCGGCCAGGGGGAUUUUUAUUACCACGCAGCCAUUUUUGGAGGAACACCCAUUCAGGUUCUAAACAUCACCCAGGAGUGCUUCAAGGGAAUCCUCCAGGACAAGGAAAAUGAUAUAGAAGCCAAGUGGCAUGAUGAAAGCCACCUAAACAAGUAUUUUCUUCUCAACAAACCCACUAAAAUCUUAUCCCCGGAAUAUUGCUGGGAUUAUCAUAUAGGCCGGCCUUCAGAAAUUAAGGUUGUCAAGAUAUCUUGGCAGACAAAAGAGUAUAAUUUGGUUAGAAAUAAUGUCUGACUUUAAAUCGUGCCAGUAGGUGUCUGAAUUUGAGAGAGUAUCAUUCUGGCUACUUCCUCAGAAAAGUAACACUUAAUUUUAACUUAAAGAAACAUACUAACAAAACACCAACAUGGCAAGUACAUACUAUUCCUCCUUGUAACUUUGAGCCUUGUAAUAUGGGAGAAUGAACCUAUGGUGAUCAGAUGUAAAUUCCCAGUGAUUUCUUAUCUAUUCUGGGUUUGGGGAAAUACUAUCAGCUGAGCCAAAAAGAAUUUGUCACGGGCAAAGAAAAGCCAGAAACACUCUACAUGUGCCAGAUAAUGUACUGGAGAAAAAGGUGCUCAGGGAAGUGUUGGGCAAGAAGAUAGAAUUGUCAAGGGUUUUCCCCUUGAUUUCAAUACCUUCCUGUCUUUGCUGAGUCUGAAGCAACAUAGAGUUGCUUUGCAGCAGGAAAACUCUCAGUAAGGACACAGUCCAUCUUGGCAAGCCUCAAAUGGUUUCAGUAGCAGACUGCUGCAGGCCGUUUGUAGUCCAUGUGCUUUUCUCAUCAGGAUGUUGUUUGGUUUCUGUGGGAAGGAUUGGUGGAGAUUCCCAAUGGAUACCAUGGUGGUGUAUCUUUGGAGUCACAGGGAAUCUGAAUGAGCCAGUGGGUGCUCAGCAUAAAGUGAAAACACAGCCUCAAAUUGAGUUUGCCAUGGAAUAUCAAAGAGUGGAAAGAGGGUCUGAUCAUGGUGGCGCAAUGCCACCUCAGAGGGGCACAGGGUAUGGGGCUGGCACUUAAACACAGCAUGGUCCCAGGAGCUGAAUGGGAGGCAGUGUAGGUGUUCUCCAGCCUCCUCGACCCCACAACACCCAGAGCAGUGGCGACAUGAAUGGAAGAUGCUUCUUCUUUUGCUCAAGUCACAUUCAGUAUGCCCAAGUCUGUAACCUAUGUCUUCAGAUCCUUGGCCAGAGGAAGUGGAUGGCAUCAGGGAAGGCAAAGGACUGCAGUGGAUUGAAGAGGCUUGCAAGGAGUUACAUUUCCUUGACCUGGGCUUCAUGACAAUCAGUCAUCAGCAAGUCCCACACCACCUGCUCUAGCCCUCAGGGUCCCUCAGCCCAUCAUGCCCCAAGUUGGAGGGCUGACAUCACAGAGAGCAGCGGAGGAAAAGCCCUCCCAUCAAGUGACCUCUUGGUUUUCCUUGCUCCAUCUGCGCUACUGCAGUGUAACAACCAGAUGCAUUCAAUAAAAUGGUUAAUUGACUUUUUAUCACAAGUAGAGGGGAUGGCAGUCGGAGACCCAGUCCUCACGACUGAACAGCUUAACAUUCAGUUCCCUUCUCUAAGAGAAGCUAUGAAGUCCUACAUAGUAUUUAAAGUUAGGCAAUUCAAUGUAAAGGAAGUUAGGAGGUAACAUUUACAUAUGCAGGUAUAUUUAUAUUUUGCUUGUGUUCCAAUUUAGAACAUUUGUUUCCAUUUUCAAGCGAUUUAUUUGAAGAGUCAUUGCACUGGCCUGAUGUUCAGCACAAUGAGCUUCCUUGAUAAAAUGAAACCUACAUUUUCUCUACCGCUUUACUGUGCCUCCUACUCAAUUCUUGCCCCGAAAUCUCACAACCCAGCAACAAAACAAAACCAACGAAAAUGCUGACAAAAAAUAGACUUUAUAAAAGUUUUUAACUCAAGUUUUAUGGGAUCCACUCUGGAGUAGGGAGAGUUAAUGAUCCUGAACCAAAGAAAUGAUCUAUCGUGAAAGAAAAGAGAAAAAGGGUUGGUGUUUGCUUUUGUGGAGUCUUGAUUUUUUUUCAUUCCUUUAAAUUUAAAUCCCAAAUGGACAAACUCAAAAUCUCAUUAAUAGUUAUUCUUAAACCUUUAAGAAAUAAAAUUCCUGAUUUACAAUUGAAUAAAUUAUUUUUUCAGUA